UCAUAUCAUCACCAUUGACAUUGAAAAUCAAUUACAAUGUUGAAUGAAACAAAAACCUCCCAACGCCCAAAGGAAAAAUAAAACCACUUUCUCCUUUAGCCUCCCCCUCCCCCCCUUUACAAAAGCCCACCACCAAAGGAAAUUUUCUUGUCAUAAUGUUCAAGCUGAAAUGGUGCAACGUAGAUAAUAAUUAUUCAUAUAGCUGAUCUGAUCGACGUGCUUGAAACUGAGACGUAUAUAUUAUUGUUAUUGUGAAUAUUCAAGUCAAAUUAUGAUGUGUUUGACUUCAUCUGCAGCAAGUGAUCGUCUAUAGAAGGUUUUGGAGACUAAGCACAGCAGUUGAUACUUCUGAUUCAAAUUCUUGAAAGAAGAAGCUUAAAAGAGUUACGAUGGCUUGUUUCUUGCACUGAAGACCUCUUUGCAUUACUAAUUGAGUAAGACAAUUAGUUAGAGGUAGCCAUGGCCGAAAGUUCAGUGAAACAAGCCAAUGAAGAGAUGAUAACAAGCACUACGGAAUACAUUACAGAAAAAGCAUUGUCAGAUAAUUCUUCCUCCCAAAGGGUGUCAUCCAUUGAUCUGAACGAAGACGACAAAGGGGAAAGUGAAGAAGAAGCCAUUGAGGUGGAAGAUACUAGAGAGAAAACAACAGAAGGAAACUCAGCAAAUUAUAAUAAUAAUAAUAGCUCCAGUGAUGUUGAAAAGAAGAGCGUAAGGCAAUAUGUUCGAUCAAAAUUGCCAAGGCUCCGUUGGACUCCUGAUCUUCAUCGCUCCUUUGUUCAUGCCAUUGAAAGGCUAGGUGGUCAAGAAAGAGCCACACCAAAGUUGGUUCUCCAGAUGAUGAAUGUGAGAGGUCUUAGUAUCGCCCAUGUAAAAAGUCAUCUGCAGAUGUACCGAAGCAAGAAACUUGAUGAAUCUGGACAAGUGUUAGGCCGAGGUUAUAGGGCAAUGCAUGGAAGAAGCUAUUUCUACGGAAACAACCUAGGUGGCCAAAGAUAUAACCCUCUACAAGAUUUCAAGAUGAAGAAUGGCGCCAUUGUGUUAGCAAGGAAUUUUAAAUAUGAUGACCAUGCAUUUAAAGACCAUUUUCGAAAUUCCUUUUCGAGACCCCCUUAUCAGGCCAAAGACAUCUUUUCCAGGUACUUGCGGUGGCCUUCCAAUCAAGGAGGCUUACUUAACACCCAGUCAGUAAAAGGUGAAGAUUUCAGAGAAAGCAACAAUUUGUGGAGAAUGAAGAGCUGGCAGACUCAAGACAAGUUAUCUACACCAAGACAAGUAAUUCAAGAAAAUGGAAGACAUGAAAUUGGCUCCAUUAGGUCAGGCCAAUUUCUUGAAGAGAAGAGGUGGCCUCCACAUGAAUUCAUACCCAAUCAGUGGGAGGAGAAAAAGGCUGAUUUGUCCGAUAUUUGUUCAGCUAAAAACUCCCAAUAUUUGCUACAACAAAAUAAUGUGGCACAACCAUAUUCCAAGAGGAACUGCAGAUACAAUACCCUUGAGCAAAAUCUUGUUAAACCUUUCAAGAUUGAGAUUAAAGAAGACAAGAGUUUGGAGGAAAAAGAAUGGUUACCUGAUUUGCAACUAAGAUUAAGCAGAAGCACAGACAACAAGAAUGAGAAGAAGAAGGAUCAGUCAGAUAUAAACACAAUGCUUUCUCUUUCUCUGCCAACUUAUUCAUCGACUGCAACCUAAAAGAAAAUAGAGUUCUAAACCAUACAAAAGUUAUACAUUAUUAGCUUGUUAUUUUGUUUAGACAUAGAAGAGCAGCCUAGGUAGGAGGGUGAGUACUUGAGAUCUGACCAUGCAAUUAGCAUAUCAGGAAAUUAAUGCAUUAAUUGGAGUCAGAUCUCCUAAGUACUUCCCUUAUAAUAGGCCCUAAAGAUACAGUUCGAGUUGCCACUUAUCCUCUGAUUGUUAUUUUUCUUUGUUUUACUGAAACCAAUUUUUAGGCUUGUGUCUGAGUGGGCUGGAACUAUAUAUUUAGGAUCCGUCGUUACAAGUACCUAAAGAUUACCGUGCUAUUUGUAUUUAAUCUUAGUGGGGAUAUUCUGUCUUCUUGUUGCUAUUUGUUCUGGAAAAAUAAAUAAUGUCAAUUUCUA